ACAAGGAUAUAGCUUACACAAAGUUGAAAAAUCGGGAUUUUGCAAUCUGUGUGAUCCUGGUUAUUUAUACGUAUAUAAGAAAUGCCGGAUUUUGAACAACACAUAAUCUGCUUUCCUCAGUGGCAGGUUGUCUGUUUUCCCGGGACCCUCUGAAGAUUACCACAAUGUCUCACACGCUUGGUAUUUUGCUCUCGGUUUUUUGGCUCUCAGUUGUUCGAUCUGACGAUAGAGGUGUCUACUAUGACACAGCACACAGAAGCUGGCACGAGUCUUCUGCAAAUUGUCAGCAACUGGGAGCCUGGGAAAAUAAAGACUUCAGCAUUGCAGAAUUCAGGGUACCAACACGGCCUUCCAGUUUCCGUCAGAAUCAGCUUUUCUGGAUAGGGGCAGAUGUUCACCAAACCCCAUGGUUAACACUCUUAGGAUGCUUUGAGACCUUUGAUGCUACUGCACAUCUUGAUUUUGAGAAUUCUGCAUCUCAUGGAAAACGCACAUAUGACUGUUUUGCUUAUUGUGAAGACUACGAUGGUAUUACGUCAAUAGGCAUAUCGAAAACCACAUGUUACUGUUACACCAAUCUAGAAGAGUUCCGCAGGGAAGAUGAAUUGUGCUUUUAUGAGACUUUGCCAGAGUACCCCGGUGAACUGUUUGGAGCACCAUUGAUCGGAAGUGUGGUGGUGUACCAAUACAACAAACAAAGUCCAUCAACAUACGCCCAUGAUUUCGGAAAUUGCGCUGCUGUGAGAUAUCUAGGAUCACUUCCGCUACAUCAUCAGUUUUCUUCCUGUCUGAAUAGAAUAGGGUAUAUCUGUGCUAACGGCCAAGUAUCAACUACCGAGGUGACCUGGACUGAGGCUGUCAGACUGUGUGGUACUUUGAAGACAGACAUAGUUGGUCAUUAUACAGACUUGACUGAUUCUGUCAAAUAUCGUGCAUUUUGGACAGGAUUUUACAGACAAAGCUACGAAUACUGGAGUCAUCCUGGUGGAGACCUAAGUAGCAACCCAAGACGUCAUCACUGUGUAGCAGUUAAAGUGAAGGAGGAUGGAACACUUUAUCCCAACACUUAUCCACAAGAUUGCUCAAAGAAAUUGCCUUCCUUGUGCGAAACAUCAACAAGAGUUGAUGGUGGAUGGGCAGACUGGUCUGAAUGGAGCAAUUGUACUGAGGUAAAUGAAGUGUGGAAAAGAUCUAAAAGUCGCACAUGUACCAAUCCUUCUCCACAGCAUGGCGGAGAAAAAUGCCAGGGAGUGUACAUUAUAGAACAAAUUUGCACUCCACCUGAAGUUGAUGGUGGAUGGGCAGACUGGUCUGAAUGGAGCGAAUGUACUGAGGUAAAUGAAGGGUGGAAAAGAUCUAAAACUCGCACAUGUACCAAUCCUUCUCCAACAUGGCACAUGUUGCACUCCACGUCCUUAUAUUUUGAUCAUGACAGCAUGGCAUACUGGAAAAGAUUUAUAAUGUAA